UGCGAACCACGCCGAAUCUUUAGUCGGUGCCAGCAUUUCAGACCGUUACGACAACGUUCUUAAGCCAGCCAGGAAGAAAAGUGUCGGAUACAGCAGAGGGAAGUCGAAGAAGAAUUCACCUACCAGCACGUUUUUUUUGUCUUGGUUCCGUUCUGUAAUUGCCAUACUGCCAAGUGUUGUCCAAGGUUCUCCAGUGUAUUAGUUGGUUCCGAUUGAAAAUAGCUCGGUAUUCAGUGUGUAUUCUAGAGUUUAAAAGAAAUACCAAAAAAUAGUACAAAUUAUUCGCUAAGAACAGUACCUGCUAGGAGAAAUCAUUAUGUCAGCAUCACCAAUCGCACGCCAAGCUUGCAGCCAGAUGCAGGCAAUUCCGUCGAAGCGCGUUCUGAUCCACGACGCCUCGGAACUGCCGGACCUGUAUUCGUCGACCCCCGGAGGCACGCUGUAUUCUACCACUCCAGGAGGUACCCGUAUCGUUUACGAGCGUGCCUUCCUGAUGAAUUUGAAGAACUCGCCGCUCUCCCGGACCCCUCCGUCCAAUUUAAAUAACCUGCCACACAAUAUCUUACGGAACAGUCCGAAAACAAUGCUCAGUAGCAAGCCUAAAGUUCAGCAGCAAAACCGAAACUCGCCGUCCAAGUACGACGAUCAUCAGGAACAGUUCGACAUGGAUCUGUAGGAUGCUGGAAGGAUACAUCCGCCGGGUCCCGUUUUGUAACAUUGCAUAAUGACUAAGUCUACAUUAAGUUUAUUCAUGAUGUAAACUUUAUAAGUUUAUAACACACUAUCGUUAGUAAGGUUAAUGUUAAAGAUAACUGCUUUGCAACAUUAGCUUCGGCUCGAGGACGAAAUGGAACAUACAUUAAUAUGAACCAUAAUAAUCUUCAGUACUGUGUAUCUUCAAAAUAAACCGAUAAUAUUCAUAAAAAAAACUACAUUGAAACAGGAAAAAUCGUCUGACCACGUCGAAAAAAAAUGAAAUAUAGCUUUCAUGCAUCGUCUAAUCAUUACUUGUCCUGCGAGUCGUUUGUGAUAUUGGAUGACUGAUCGGUACAUGGUACAUCGGAACAUCUAUUUCUAAUGCUAGGGUGAAAUUAUGAAGAAAAAUUGUAUAGUUCAGUCGACACCUAACCUGUUAAGUAUCGGAAAAAGGUCACUCCCCUAAUCAUUUAAUGAGUGGAAUUGAAAAUUGACACCAUUUUUCGUCAUUAGAGUUACAUUUGUUAGGCUACCGGUAUUUGUUGUAGAUUAAAUUUGUCGUGUAUUUUUUGAUAAUUCUAAUAUAAAGUAAAACUUUAAAUAUGCGUUGGAAAUCGAUUGAAUCCUAAAUUGCUAAAUCAUAGUUUUUUGUAUGUAUAACAAAUUGAUUCGACGUAGAACAGCUAGAUUCUAGCAUAACGUUAGUGAAGGAGACUGGAGAUGCUAUUAUGAAGUUAGAUUGUAAUUCAAUCACUACAACUACUAUUUCUACUUUUAGAGCACGAUGCAAUGAUAUUUUAAGAAUUUAACCUUAUGAAAUAAAUAUAUACUGAACGUACUAUGAAUAUAAAAA